CCGCCGUUAACUGAGAAGAAGCAGACCCAGGUCCGGUGGUGGUCCGCAGAUGGUUCGGUGUUUUCGCCUCAGUUUAAACUAAUUAACCUCCUGUUUUGGUCCAGAACUGAGCGGAACCAUGGCUCACUUGACCCAGAACCCGGCAGAUAAAGAAAGGUUCAUCUGUGUUUAUCCAGUUUACAUCAACAGUAAGAAGACACUGGCAGAAGGACGGAGGGUUCCAACAGACAAGGCUGUGGAGAACCCGUCGUGUGCAGAGAUCAGAGACGUUCUAACGGCCGCAGGGAUGAACGUCUACGUGGAAAACAAGAUGCAUCCCAGAGAGUGGAACCGAGACGUCCAGUUCAGAGGCCGAGUCCGGGUCCAGAUCAAAGAAGCCGACGGGACUCCGUGUCAGGAUAAGUUCACCUCCCGUUCUCCUCAUGUUCCACCUGUUCCAGGUAGAGACGUGAUGUUCUAUGUGGCGGAGAUGAUCCCCAAACUGAAAACUAGAACCCAGAAAAGUGGUGGAGGAGAUAUGAGCAGUCAGCAGAACGAAGGAGGGAAGAAGAGCAAGAAGAAGAAGAAAUAGAACCCAACCGACGGAACUGCCAGGUCCGUGGAACCGCUGGGUCCAUGUAACCGCCGGGGCGGGUCCGUGGAACUUUUGGGUCCGUGGAACCACUAGAGCCCGUGGACCCACUGGGUCCGUGGAACCGCUGGGUCCAUGUGGAACCACUAGAGCCUGUGGACCCACCGGGUCCGUGGAACCUGUUCUAUGUGAGUGUGUCCAUGUUCAUCUGGUUUCAUCCAUCAUUUGUUGUGUUUUCUCUGAAACAACGUCAUGUCAGUAAAUGAACCAGCGUUCCUGUGGUUCUAUUAAGGAAAACAUGGAGAACGUCCACGUUCCAUGCUGUGUUAGUCUGUGAACUGUCGAGAAUCAACCUGAAUAAAGGCUUCGUUCCUCAGCUUCA